AUGGGCAGUGUCUACACACCCUGUGCCACGGAUAAUGUGAUCUCAGAGCUUGCUCGAGAAUUUCCUGAACAGGUCUUCAAGCCAGGCCAUCCUUCAUACCUUGCUUCACAGCAAAGUUACUGGUCCGAAAUUCUGAAAGAGAUUGCGCCACGGUGUUUCUUCCAGCCUCACAGUGCCGCAGAAGUUGCUCGCGCCGUUUCGCUAUGUGUCAAGGCACAAUGCCAGUUCGGUGUCAGGAGUGGAGGUCACGCGCAUGUCUCGGGCGCGUCGUGCGUGCCUGACGGCGUUCAGAUUGAUCUGUUGAAGCUCAACACAAUCACAAUCGAUCGAAACAAUAACACCGCCCGUGUUGGUGCAGGCAAUACGUGGAGACGGAUCUAUGGCGAGCUUGAGGGGCAAGGCUACAUCGCUGUUGGUGGAAGAUCUGCAGAUGUUGGAGUCGGUGGAUUCCUUGUCGGCGGAGGCAUUUCGUUCUACGCGGCCGAACACGGCUGGGGGAUCGAUAACGUUCGAUCUUUCGAGAUCGUUCUCGGCUCGGGCGAGGUAGUCACCGCAAGCCCGGACAGCGAGCCGGAGCUCUUUCGAGCUCUAAAGGGCGGUGGCUCCAAUUUCGGAGUCAUUACGUCUUAUAUACUCAACAUUUACCCUUACCGUGGCAUGUGGGGUGGUCGCACCCUGGUUCACCCGAGUCACGCCCAAGAAGCAAUUGAGGCGUACGCCGACUUUAUUCCCAAAUUGGAUGUCGACCCCAAGGGCCACACGAUUGUGAUCUUCGACAGCCACGCUGGAGAAAUCAUUAUUCGUCAAUACUUGGUGUAUUCACAACCGACCCCGAAUCUCCCCAUGUUUGAUCGCCUGCGAAAAGUGCCCACCCUCGAAUCUCCUCUGGGGCUGACGAACUAUUCGGUGUUGGCGGCAGACAUUGCCGAUCUUCAAGGCGGUCACGGCCUUCGUCAUAAUUGCUCCACGUUGACCAUCAAAUUAGACGUGGAGCUCAUGCGGUACACGUACGAUCUCUACGUGGAGGCAUCUCACGCCGCAAAGGACUGGGCGUUUGGAUGUCUGGAGUUUCAUGCCCUUCCUCGUUCCCCCAAGCCCGGAGAGAAUAUGUACAACUUGAAGAGGCAAGACGGGCAUCUGAUAUCCAUCAUGCUGUCAUUCAGCACUGCAAAGUCCCAGUACGAUCAAGCGGUGCUGGACAUGCAGAGAACCUUACUCGGGAAGGUCAAGGACGAAGCGAUACGUCGUGGGCUCUACCACCAGUUUCUGUUUGCAAACUAUGCCGGUUCAUUCCAAGAUGUGAUUGGAAGCUACGGCGAGAGCAGUGUCAAAUAUCUAUCCAAGAUGACCGACAAAUAUGACCCGGACCAUGUUUUCCAGCAACUCAAGCCGGGAGGUUUCAAGGUGGAGGCUGCUAUCCGGCAACGACUGUAG